AUGUCUGAAUUCAGUGAACUGGGCAAAGACGACAAAAUAGGACUUUUGGUGGACGGCUUUCCUAAAAUUAUUAGCCUUUUAUCAGUUCUUAAUUUUAAUUUUGAGGAGGGAUUCUGGACCUUACCCCUUGACAAUGAAAACGCGGCACAGCUUUCUAUGGAUAUAAUCAAGAAUCACGAAUUGCUUCCCACAGAAAUACAUUAUAAAUUCAUGCAAAAAGUUCAACAAGAAUGCAAAUCCGAUAUGAUCAUGCUUGAUUUGUUAUCCGCUGUUUUACUAUUCAAUCCAAACGGUUCAAUUCUGGUCCAUAAGCAUUUUAUUACAUUACAACAGAAGACUUACAUGUAUUUACUUCAACGCUAUUUAGAGAUUAAACACAACUCUAAGAGUGAAUCCGAGACCCGAUUCCGAAGAUUAAUGAAUUGUAUGAAUGACUUACAUCUCAUCAAUGAGUUUCGUAUUCAAAACUUUACGAUAUUUGGUGUUUGA